UGGUCCCACAAUCUUUGCUCGAUGGAUAGUUGUAGCUCUUGCUGCGGAACCAUAUGGUGCUCUCCAUGCAUCUACGGUCGCACUGCCUGGCGACUCGAGCAAUACCCCCAAGAUCCAUCUUCGUCGUCCGGCUUUGAGUGGUGCAACGCACCUUGCCUGGGAAUGUUCGCCGGGUGGCUUCUGCUCAUACCUUGUGUCUCGGUGUGGAUGCAACGCAACGUUGUACGCAAACGCUUCAAUCUCCCAGGCAAUGGCUGUACCGACUGCCUCGUCAGUGUCUUUUGUGGUUGCUGCGCUCAAGUCCAGCACGAGAACGAACUCAAAGAACGUGCCGAGAAAGAGAUGUUGAUGAUUGAUCACCCACCAACGAGUCGCGAUCGCAUGGUCUAUGCUGAGCCCGCCGAUGUCCGGCAACCGGCUACGAAUCAGCACAUCCCGCCCCCAAGAUACGAGAGCGCAGAUCGAAUCGCUACCAUGCAAACAAGAGAAGGAGUCGAGGGUCAGUCGGAGAAAAUCAAGAAGGAAGCGUUCUGA